AUGAAAGUCAGGAUCACCAAGUGGAAUGCCGUCGCAACGUGGCGAUGGGACAUCCCCGACGACGACGUCUGCGGCAUCUGCCAAGUCCAUUUCGACGGCACUUGUCCGACGUGCAAAUACCCGGGAGAUGACUGCAGCUUGCUCUCAGGCAAAUGCGGCCACAAUUUCCAUAUGCACUGCAUCGUCGAGUGGAUUAAGCAAGACUCCUCCAAGGGCCAAUGUCCAAUGUGCAGACAGAAGUUCGAGUGGACCGAUACUUCCACCAAGAACCCCAGAGGCUCUCACAGCCCCGAAGCACCCGACGGUUCGACGAGCCCGGAAAGUCCACUAGGAUUGGGAUAG